AUGGAGGCAGAGCCCUCUCGAUCAGAAAUAACUGAAAUAAAUUCUACAUUACUUGAGGCUACAUCGCCUCCACUAAUGACAGGACGUACAAGAUCAAUUCUUCACAUCGAAUGUUGUUUAAAGACUCACAGUACAAUAAGAUACGACGUGAUACGUGAACAAGUCGAGAAAUUUCUACGUGAAUUUAAAACUUCACUGUUAUGUCAUUCUGAGAUAUCAGAUUUUCAGGAUGUAGCUUUACUUAAAGAAAAUGUAGAAUAUAUGAUUGUUGCCGAAGCCGGAUGCGAUACGUCUGAUAUUCAAAUUCUAGAGAACGUAGGUUUGGAUAUUCACGUGUAUCAACUUAAUGAAGAUGAUGUAGUGGAAGAAUAUCAGGAAGAGGAAAACGUUUUAACAGCUAACUAUUGGGAUUUACCAGCACGAGCACUCGACGGCUUAUGGGAUAAUCUCAUAUUUGACGAAAAUAUUAAAACUCGAUUGCUUGAUUACGUUUACACGACAAUUUUAUUUUCUGAUCGAAAUGUGAAUUCAAAUAUUAUCUCAUGGAACAGAAUUAUUCUGUUGCAUGGACCACCAGGAACAGGAAAAACAACACUUUGUCGAGCUUUUGCACAAAAAUUAUCUAUUCGAUUAGCAGAGAGAUAUUCUCAUGGAAAGUUAUUUGAGAUAAAUAGUCAUAGCUUGUUUUCUAAAUGGUUCUCUGAAUCUGGAAAACUGGUACAAAAAUUAUUCCAACAGAUUUACGAUUUGAUAGAUGAUGAUGAUGCAUUUGUUUACGAAGUGGAAAGUUUGGCAGCUACUAGAAGAUCAGCGUUAUCUGGAGCAGAACCAUUGGAUGCAGUUAGGGUUGUCAAUGCCUUAUUGACACAAAUAGAUAAAUUGAAACAAGAAAAGAACGUUCUUAUACUGACCACCUCAAAUAUCACAGAAGCAAUAGCCGAUAUCAAACAAUAUAUUGGUUUGCCGUCACAACAAGCCAUUUAUGGCAUCUUAUCAAGCUGCAUAAGGGAGUUAAUGAGAGUUAAAAUAAUUGCUGAGGAGGCGUUUCUGCUUGACUGGCGUGCUGUGGAAUUAUAUCAACAUACAAAUAGCAUUGAUGAUCCAAGCAUUAGACUUUAUGCUAUUUGCGGAAAAUGUCAGGCAACAUACGCCCACUUUCUAAAAUCAUGGGCCACGACGACAUUGAAAGACUUCUUGAAAGCUUUAGAACAUGCAGUGGAUAAUGAAACUAUUGGAAGAAAAUUAACAUUGGAAAAUCAAGGUGAAGGCGGCACAUGUAAAAUGUUGAUUAAUGAACGAAAUUAA